AUGGCAAGUGUGGAGAGGCAUGUUGUUCACGGGAAGACCGGUGGCGAAGAGACUCGACAAGACAAUGGACUAGAUAUGAAGACUUUGUUUGUUAGAUCAAUCCCAGCUGAUGUGAGUGACGAGGAAUUGAGCGAGUUUUUCUCGAAUUUUGCGCCAAUCAAGCAUGCGGUUGUUGUGAAGGACGCUCAGAAGAAAUCUAGAGGAUUUGGGUUCGUUAGUUUUGCUGUGGAAGAAGACACUUUGGAGGCCCUUAAGCAGGCAAGAAAGACUAAGCUGAGGAACAAUUUGCUUCGAAUUGACAUCGCAAAGCGGAGAGACCGUAGUAAGAAGAGGGAUGAGGUGGCACCAGCGGGAGCUGUGGAGGAAACGAAGUCGAAAAAUGACCUGGCUGACGAAGAAUCCUUACUGCGGGGAAAGCCAAAGAUAAUCAUAAGAAACAUGCCAUGGAGCUGCCGUGACGCUGACAAGCUGAAGAAGAUCUUUGGGAAGUUUGGAACUGUCGUGGAAGCCAAGAUUCCCAAGAAGAGCGACGGAAGACUCUGCGGGUUCGCAUUCGUAACGAUGAAGAAGCUUGCAAACUGUAGAGCUGCCAUCGAAGGCAGCAGGGAUUUGAAAAUAGAUGGCAGGUCUGUGGCGGUUGACUUUGCGGUGCAGAAGAGUAAAUGGGAGGAGUACAACAAGACGAAGGAAGAUCAAGCGGAAGCUGGUCAUGCCCAUUCUCAAUCAGAGGAGGAGGACCAGGUUGAAAAUGAUGAAGAAGAGGGCCAAGAGAGCGGUGACGACUCUGAAAUCGAGAGCGAGCAUUCCGAUGAGGAGUUGGAAGGAGACCAAGGGGAGCAAGAGAGACUUGUUGCAUCGAACAAAAAUAGAAGAGAAAAUUUCUCUGUUUUUGUUAGAAAUGUUCCUUACGAUGCUACGGAGGAGUCCUUGGCUGAACACUUCUCUAAGUUUGGGCCCGUGAAAUACGCGCUUCCAGUGAUUGAUAAGCAAACUGGACUAGCUAAAGGUACCGCGUUCGUUGCCUUCAAGAGCGAAAAUGCUUACAAUGACUGUCUGAGGAACGCGCCCGCUGCCGGAGCUACCUCUCUUUUGAUAGGUGACGAUGUUCAACCGCAGUACGUUUACGAAGGCCGUGUCUUGUCCAUAUCACCUACUUUGAAAAGGGAAGACGCAAGCCAAAUGGCUGAGAAAAAUGCUGCGAAGAGGAAGGAAAUACUUGGCAAGGCCCCUGGUGAGCGUGACAAACGUAACUUGUACCUACUAAACGAAGGUAAGGUUAUCGAGGGCUCCAAAUUGGCUAGUCUGCUGAGUCCGAAAGAUAUGGAGAUUAGAGAGGCGUCUUACAAGCUACGUGUUGAUCAGUUGAAGAAAAAUCCCUCUCUGCAUUUGUCCCUGACAAGGUUGGCGAUAAGAAAUCUGCCCAGAGCGAUGACUGACAAGUCGUUGAAAGCGCUGGCUAGAAAAGCUAUUGUCGAGUUUUCAACUCAGGUUAAAAACGGUGAAAGACAUCCAUUGAGUAAAGAAGAACUUAUCAGGUCAACGAAGGAGAAAUACAAGUUCAUGUCGCCGGAAGAAAUUGAACGCGAAAAGAAGAAAGAUAAGAAGCAUGGUGUGGUCAAACAGGCGAAAGUUAUCAUGGAAGUCAAGGGCGCCAAUGUUGGUAGAAGUAGAGGAUAUGGUUUUGUGGAAUAUAAGGAUCAUAAACACGCUUUGAUGGGACUAAGAUGGUUGAAUGUUCAUCAAGUUACCAUGGAAGAAGUUCAGAACGGCGAUACUGAAGAAGCUAAAACUGCAGUUGAUUCCGAUUCCUUCAAAAGUAGACGUUUAUGUGUAGAGUUUGCAAUCGAAAAUGCAAACGUGGUGAAAAGAAGAAGAGAGAAUGUCAAACAAGCCAGGGAGAGCGCUAAGAGAAGGCAUGAGGAAGCUGAAGAUAAGGGAAAUAACUUUAAGAAGGCAAAAAUCGAUUCCGCCGCAAGCAAAACGAGCGAUAAGGCUACUAAAAGCGGCCUCAGUGAUGACGCUAAAAGGCUGAUAGGGUUGAAGCGUAAAAGAAAGAGCUUGAAAAAGUGA